AUGGAGAGCCAGGAGAGAAACAGGCGAUUACUAGAAAUGAGCAAGCUGGAAAAUCUGAAAGAUUUCUAUCAAGAAUUCGCUGAAGACUCAAAAUUACAGGAUCAUGAAGAGGCAAUAACGAAAGUAAUGACAGCCAUGGUGUGGUACACUGAAGAUUUCUUUACUUUUCAUAAGGAAAGCGGCCCACUGCACAAGGACUUCGAAUCAGAUCGAAUUUACGGCUUCCGGAAAAUUUGCGAGUCCACCCUUACCGCCUUUCAUCAUCAAUUGAACCUGCCCCUUGAAUCCCUGUAUGUUCAAAUCCCAGAUCUUACUGUAUUGCCGAAGAUCAUGACUCCUUUCCUCCUCGACUUUUGGAAAGAAUCGACUUUGGAAGAAGCCCAGAAGAAUGUCAGUCAGUGUUUAGGAAGAAAGUGGGAUGAAAAUACUAUUUCGAGUCUCGUAUUUAAAUAA